GCCUUCGACUUGUUUCACGCCGGCGCAUCAGCGGUUUGACCACGCUCAAAGCAGAUGCCAUCGACACGGAGCGGAAGAGGAUUAAUUGGCCAGGAACAUCGUUCAUGGCCUCGUGUUUCAGCAAGGCCAGCUCUCCAAUAGCGCUAGUCGAUGUUUGUUUCUCACAGUCCUCCCUAGUCGUGUCGGGCCAACCACCCUCAGUCAUUCGCCUGCCCUUAGUCAUUCGCACUGAGCCAGGGUCCUUUGUCGGCAUCUUUCACACGUGGCCGGCAACGUUCGCCCGGUCCUGGGAUACUGCUCCUCUGCGACCUCCUUGCCUGUCACAUGGCUCCUUCCUUGCCACAUCACGCCUGCCUCAUCAAUCGUGUAGUGGAGGCUGCCCCUUCCUGCUUGACUCACUCAGUCACUCACUCAGUCACUCACCUCUAACAAAGAGCCGCGGCUUAGCAUCUCUUGAAACACACCAUAGCCGACACCUCCGAGUCACAUCUCGGAGUCACAUCCUGCAAAGUAUUCUCCGACCGUUACGCAGAAACGACUCAAUGCCGUGUAUUCUCUAGACCCUGAUACCAUGGUAGAUUCUGCAGCCAUGGUUCCGCCGUUGCACCAAUACCACCGCGACUGCCUCAUACUAUGAACCAUAUGCUUCGGCUAGCACCCCUCCGUCGCUUC